AAUUCAUUCUUCGUAUUCAGCUCUAACAAGCAACAAGUAGAAAAAGAAGUUAUAAGAGAAAUUCUAAAAAAGAAAUUCUAGUUAUAAAUAAAAUGAUAAAAAGUUUCAAGACAAAUUAAAAAAAAAUUCAAAAGUUUAUCCUUAAAGUAUAAAAAAAUUUCUUUGUGAUUAUUAAAAUUUUUGUUUGCUGUGAAAAGUAAAAAACUCAAAGAACAAUGCCUGAAAUCAUUGACAAUCGUUUUACUUCAAUCCCCAAGACCGUUAGUGGACAUUAUGCCAAGCCAAUCGCUACGCCUGGAAUCUUCAACAAUAUUCGUGGCUUUUCUGUCGUUCAAGGUGAUGUCGCUCGUAUUCCAUUGAAAGUGAAGGCUUUCAUUGAAGAGUCUGUCGCUUUGUGCCAACCUGAAAACGUUCAUAUUUGCGAUGGCAGCGAACGUGAAAAUCAAUUCAUGUUGAAAGCUUUGCAAGAAUCUGGAUCAAUCAUUCCACUUCCCAAGUACCAAAACUGUUGGUUGGCCCGUACCAAUCCCGCUGAUGUCGCGCGUGUUGAAAGCAAAACUUUCAUCUGUACUGAAAAGCGCGAACAAACUGUUUGCACUCCGAAGCCAGGCGUCCAAGGUACACUUGGAAAUUGGAUCAGCCCCAAGGACUACGAAUCAGCGAUCAAGAAUCGUUUCCCAGGAUGCAUGAAGGGUCGCACUAUGUACGUCGUCCCAUUCUCCAUGGGACCAGUUGGGUCACCUCUAAGCAAGAUUGGAGUUGAAUUAACUGACUCGCAAUAUGUCGUGUGCUCGAUGAAAAUCAUGACAAGAAUGGGCGCUAAUGUUAUGGACGUAAUCUCAAAGAAGAACAUCGACUUCGUGAAGUGUUUACACUCAGUUGGCAUGCCAGAAAAUGGAAAGAUUGCAGUUCCAUCAUGGCCUUGUGAUCCCGAACGUGUGAUUAUUUUACACAAGCCUGAAAACAAUGAAAUCGUUUCGUAUGGAUCGGGUUAUGGUGGCAACUCAUUGUUAGGAAAGAAAUGCUUCGCUCUCAGAAUUGGAAGCACAAUUGCUCAACGUGAAGGCUGGUUAGCUGAACAUAUGUUGAUUUUGGGCGUCACAUGUCCUAAUGGUACUAAGAAAUACAUCGCAGCUGCUUUUCCAUCAGCUUGUGGCAAGACAAACUUGGCUAUGAUGACUCCAACCCUUCCUGGUUAUAAAGUCGAAUGUAUUGGUGACGACAUCGCUUGGAUGAAAUUCGAUUCUCAUGGGCAAUUACGUGCUAUUAAUCCCGAGAAUGGAUUCUUUGGUGUCGCUCCCGGUACAUCAUAUGAAACAAAUCCCAAUGCAAUGAAAACAGUUGUCAAAGACACAAUCUUCACAAAUGUCGCUUAUACAUCUGAUGGUGGAGUAUUCUGGGAAGGUCUUGAAAGCACAAUUCAACCUGGUGUGAAGAUCACUGACUGGUUAGGAAAACCAUGGGAGAUGGGAGUCAGUAAAACUCCAGCAGCUCAUCCAAAUUCUCGUUUCUGUUCACCUGCCUCACAUUGUCCAAUCAUCGACUCAAAUUGGGAAGAUCCUGAAGGUGUUCCAAUUUCUGCGAUACUUUUUGGUGGUCGUCGUCCACAAGGCGUUCCACUUGUUUAUGAAGCAUUAAACUGGGAGCAUGGAGUCUUCGUAGGAAGUGCUAUGAGAUCUGAAACAACAGCUGCUGCUGAACAUAAAGGGAAGAUGAUAAUGAAUGAUCCCUUUGCAAUGCGACCAUUCUUUGGUUACAACUUUGGUAAUUACUUGAAACAUUGGCUUAGUAUGGAGAAGCGAUGUGAAGAACUUGAAGGAACAAUGCCAAAGAUCUUUCAUGUUAACUGGUUCCGUAAAGAUAAAGACGGGAAAUUCAUGUGGCCAGGAUUCGGAGAGAACUCACGAGUUCUUGAUUGGAUCUUGAACAGAAUUGAAGGCAAUGAUUGCCAUGAGCAAACUCCAAUUGGCUUCGUUCCAGCUGAAGGCAGUUUGAGACUUGAAAACUUAGAAACCAAAAUCAACAUGAAGGAACUCUUCUCGAUACCAAAAGAUUUCUGGUUGAAAGAAGUUAAUGAUAUUCAAACAUACUUUGACAAUCAGGUUGGAUCUGACUUGCCAAAAGAAAUUCAGGGACAAUUAGAUAUCCUUAAAUCGAAAAUAGAAAAAAUGUAAACAUUUAGACUGAUAAGAUGAACGCUGACUCUGAAAUAAAGUUAAGUUUUAAAAGUUAAUUUUUUCUACUAAAUAAAAAUAUUUAUAAAUUUUAAGAAUAACAAAAUAUCCAAAAUAAAUAAAAACAUUACAAAAAUAUAAUUAGAAGAUUGUUUUCAAUGAACUUCAUUUCCUG